CAGGCAGGCGGAUGGCAUUCUCUGGGAUUGGGCCCCAACAGGUCCUGGCAGGAUGCUGAGCCAGUCCUGCCCCUCCUGCCCCGCCCUCCUGCCUGGCAGCUUAAACCCCCGCCGGUCCAGCCCCGCACACUCAGAACCGCCUCCCGGCAGCACCAUGAAGUCAGGCAUCCUCCUCCUCCUCCUCGCUGUCCCGCUCCUGCUCUGGGCCAAGCCCACGCCACCGGCAGAGAAAGCCGGGUAUUGCUCUCGGCAGCCGCCCCUCGGCGGGGUGUUCGACGAGGAGCACUGCAGCGCCUGCCUCAAGGACCAGUCCUGCUCCAACUGCUCCAGCGAUGCCAAAUGCCCCGGCGAGGCCAAGUGCUGCCCGGGCGACUGCGGCUUCACCUGCCAGGCCCCCGUGAAGGACUUCUGCCACCUGCCCUCUGUGUGCGGCAGCUGCAAGGCGCUCUUCGUCCGCUUCUUCUACAACUCCUCCAGCCGGGCCUGCGAGGAGUUCGUCUACGGCGGCUGUGGCGGCAACAAGAACAACUUUGAGACUAAGGAGGACUGCUCCCAGGCCUGCCAGCACCUGGACGCUGCUUAGCCUGUCCAGAGCAGGGAGGGGAGGAGGAAGCCGCCCUCCCGGGUGACCACUGCGCUAGGCAAGACUCGCGGCCCCCCCCGGGGCCGAUACGGCGGUCCCUGCCUGGCCGGCGUCCCAGGUCUCGUUCUUCCGGACUCUGCAACGAGGUUUCACCAGUGGCUGCUGCACUGCCAGGCCCAGCCCCAGCCCCGAGGCGCUGGCUCCCUGCCCGUUCUGUAGCUAUGAAGGUCUCUGCGCGGCGCAGCCGUGCUCUGCACAGGGAGGCACCUGCCCAGCAAGGGGAGCAGGACCCUGCCCGCGACCAGGGCACUCUGCGCUGCUGGCUGCAGCCCAGGCACGGGUGUGCACGGUGCCAGCCUGGCCCCCUUCCCCGCAGAGGGCCCAAGCUGCUAAAUAUACGGACAGGACAUGCCAAACCCUGCUCUGGGACUUGUCACUGCAGCCCGUGGGGAAGGGGGCAGCAGCCAGGUGCUCGCCUGCCUUUGCCCGGGCUCUGCCCCUGCUGCUGGGGCUCCAGAGCUGGUGGUGGGGACAGGUCAGCCCCAGCCUCUUGCCCUGCGAAGCCCCGGUCACGACAGACCUGACGCUAUGCCAGCGUGACGCCUCUGCCAGCUGCGGUGCAGCCGGUGCUACGCGCUCUCACGAGAGCACGUAGCUUCCCUUGAGGCCCUGGUGCUCAGGGUGCGACGGAGGUGAGACACCCUUGGCUUUCUUCUUGAAGAAGGACAUUUCCAGCCCCCCGACUGGGCAGCCCACCGGCAAAUGCAGAGCCCAGCUGGACUGGGGCAUCUGUGAGGUCUUGGGGUCAGUUCUGCACUGGAAACCUCCCUCAGCUGCUCCCAGGCCAGCUGGACCCGGAGCUUGGCCAGGGCAGGCCACUGGCUGGGGACAGGGAGCCCUGACCUGCAGUCUCAGCUGUGCCACUGACUGCUCUGUGCCCUUGGUCCUGCCACUUUGCCGCUCCAUGCUCCCUCCGACUGGAAGCCGCCUGGGUACAGCCCCAGCACACGCCUGUUCAUCCCCACACAAACAGGGCUCAGUGCUGGCGUACUGCAAUCCCCCCCUGCCACCCUGACCCUCCCCCCCAGAGAGCAGGGCUUUGCAGCAGUACAGCUCGGGGGGCACCGCACCGCACCGCAGCGCAGCGCAGCGCUGCACCACAGGGCAGACAGCCCACGAACUGCACCCGCACCCGCACCCGCCUGAGCCGGUCCAGAGGGAGCGGAAAGGGCAGGAGGGCAUUUAAAGGGCUCUGUCCUGCCCCCCCUCCUGGGAGGGUCUAUUCAGAGGCGGGGGGUGCAAAAGCCAGUUCAUGGGCCUGUGGCGGGGGGAAGAGAGCUGGCAGACAGCAGCUGCUCUGCUCUGAUGUCCAGGGUCGCCCAGUCCAGCCUGCGCCGGGCUGACAUGUCCUGAGGAUUGCAGCAAGCCCCGUGCAAGUGAAACCAGCCCCCGCCAGUCCUAAUGGACUCCCCUGCCAUGUGAUGGGAGGGCAAACCCUAUAAAAGCAGGCUGCUUUCUCCCA